AUGAUUCAAGGGGGGUCCGGAUCGUUUUCUCACAUUCUUCUGCGUUUAUCAAUCUCUCUCACCUUCCUUUCCCCUGGCCCCUUCCCCAUCUCUCUGGCUUCAAUUUCGCAGCCGAAAGCAUCUGAUAAGGAGAAUUUCCAUCUAGGUUUUCUGGUGAUGUAUUCUCGUCAUCUUGUGUGGAACUGUGCGAGCAAAUUGUUCUGUUUCUGAGUUCAUUGGAGGUCCGUUUACCGCUCAGAUUUUUCCUUCACCUUGGGCUGAAAAUUUGAUACUCCAGUGCAUUGUUUAGUAAAGGGCUCUUCCCUUGUUAAUUGGCAGCUGAAUAAAAGAUCUACUUCAAUUUCAUUUGUGCAGAUAUGGCAACUAAUGAAAAUCUUCCACCAAAUGUAAUAAAGCAACUGGCCAAGGAAUUGAAAAAUCUUGAUGAUUCCCCUCCUGAGGGCAUUAAAGUUGUUGUAAAUGAUGAUGACUUUUCAACAAUAUAUGCUGACAUUGAUGGCCCAGCUGGGACUCCUUAUGAAAAUGGAGUUUUCCGUAUGAAGUUGUUACUAUCUCAUGACUUUCCACACUCUCCACCUAAAGGUUAUUUCUUGACUAAGAUUUUCCAUCCUAACAUUGCAACCAAUGGAGAGAUUUGUGUCAACACAUUGAAAAAGGAUUGGAAUCCUACCCUUGGUUUACGACAUGUUCUCAUUGUAGUCAGGUGUCUCUUGAUUGAACCAUUUCCAGAGUCAGCUCUAAAUGAGCAAGCUGGCAAAAUGCUGCUCGAAAAUUAUGAGGAGUAUGCUAGACAUGCCAGGCUUUACACGGGAAUCCAUGCAAAACCGAAGCCGAAAUUUAAAACUGGAGCUAUAUCUGAGUCGACGACUGCAUUGAAUGUUGAUCAGACCAAUACCUCAGUUCUUAAUAGUGAAGUGAAAAAUGUCGAAUCGGGUGCUGCAAUGCCAUUGCAGCCACCAUUGGGGCAGUCAGCCGCCAUAGUAAGAGGAAACAAUCUAGAACAGGCAGCUACUGCAAAAGCAGAUACGCUUUUUAAUGGAUCUAGUGCUGCAACAGUAGCUCCGGCUGCACUAAUAACACAAAAGAAGGAAACCGGAGCAGCAAAAGUUCAGGCAGACAAGAAGAAGAUGGAUGCCAGAAAGAAAAGUUUGAAAAGAUUGUAAUGAAGUCGUUCAAUAAUUGAUCUUUUUAUUUGUUGCUAGUUGAUAGAAAGGGAGGAGGGGAAAAUGUGUGGCUGCCUAGGGAAAAUGUACGUUGAUGAUUACUCCCUAUGAGAUGAUGAAAUUGGACUGGUUUUGUGCCUUGGUUUUAAGUAUCAAGCACGUGACUGAGUGAAUAUUUUUGCUUU